GACUUCAACGGUUGGUACAGCCGGCUUAAGCUCAAGCUGGACGCCAAGGGCUUGUGGGAGGACUUCUGCGAGAAGCAGGACACGCUGUCGCCGGACCUCUCCAAGACAGUGGAGGAGGAAGCGACGCCGUUCGGUGUGCUCGAGCGUCUGCGCAAGAUGUUUGUAGGUGCUACCAAGUUAUCUUUCGUGCAUCAACUCGGUGCAGUCAUGGAGAUGAAGUAUGAGAAGGGUACGAACCUGCUAGUGUUCAUCGAGGAGCUGAAACAGGGUUUCACGAAGCUCGAGAACAUGGGUCUGCCGUUGCAAGAUUCUCUUAAGCCCUACAUCUUAGUGAUGGUACUAAAUGAUACUUUUGAGAAUAUUUUGCGUACGUAUUUG